AUGUUUGGAGAUCACGGCGUGUUCCGAGCGACGAGCGGGCCAAGUCGAGGUCACUUUGAACCUCAAGUUCUCGAACACGUGCGCAAAAGAAAAGAGAGGAGAGCGAGGAUGAAGAAAUCUUCCCUCGUUGUGUCCGAUUGGACGGAGAAUCUCUCCUCUUUGGGAUCAUCAUCAUCAUCAACCGACGACGACGAAGAAGAAGAAGAGAUCUUACCGACGCAAACAACGACCCCAUCGCAAACGCCGGAAAAACAUACGCGUAAACGGUUGAGCGUAAAAGCCGGGGACAUGUCCUCUCCACCGCUGCCGGAGUUAAAAGAAGAGCGAACGAGUAAAAUUAUCUCCGUCCAAUUCUUCUCCGAGACAGACGAGGAGGAAGGGGAAAAGGAGAGAGAAAAUGUGAGCACCACCACCAAAGAAGAAGAAAAAUGCUUCGAGACUUUAGUUCGCGAGGAAGUCGAGCGACAAAGAAGCAAGAAGGAACACUUGACGGUAUCGUUUGAGGAGGAACGCAACUGUUGUUAUCACGUGAUACCGGUGACGAGCAGAGAGUGUUUGAUCGAAUGCCCGCUGGCGUACGGGAACCAAGCGCAGGCGGAUUUCGAGGCGCGGUUAGUCGAAAGGUUUUCGAGGAGGAAGAACAAGAUGAAAGUGAGCGAAGUGGACGAGAGAGAGAAUAGGUACGAGUUGAAACCGUUACACCCGGUGUCGACGAAAUCGAGGUGGAGGGAAUUGUUGGAGCCGUCGGUGCAAGUGGUUGGUGGAGGGAAGAGGAAAGAGUUAACUUACGACGAACGCGAGGAGAGGAGGAAGUUCGUCGCGACGCCUGAGAAGGAAAUGACGACGACGAAGAAACCUGCCGCAAGAAGAAGAAUAGACGAAGAGUACGAGUUGCCGACAAAAGUGGACGAUUCCGUGUGGAAGGAUUUACCGGAAAACAUCAGAAAUCAGUAUUUGAUCCAAGUGGAAACGCAAAAGAACAAGAACAACAAGACAGAAAAAGGAGAAGAAGAAGAAGCCGUCUUGGUUGUCGAACGAAGAUCAGCGCCUAACGAAUACAGACCCGAUACGAUUACCACUACACCGUACCAAACGGCCACAAAUGUUUAUAAUUUGAACCCCUCCGUGGUGAAAGAAAAGAUUACGCACGCCUUGGACAUGCAAUCGAAGGAAAGAGUUGACGGUCGCCUGAAUGCGAUAUUACACGUGAUUCGCGUCAUUCGAAACGAUUUGAGAAGAACUCGAGGACGAGAGGAAAGCAGAGACUUUUCGGAUUGGAUACAACACGACUUGGCGAAAAGCUUCCCGGGAUGGAGAGCCAAGUUGAGCAUGGCUGUAAACACGAACGAUUUGAUCCCCGCAUAA